GGUGCCACCAUCUCUAGAAAUCAAAAUCCCGUGGCUGGCCCCCGAGCCAGGAUAACCUUCAGAAGUAUACUAAGCUAACUGGACAUAACGCUUGGAUUGCCUCACGCAGCUAACCCACAAAAACAAGCAAACACUCAAAAACAAAAACAAAGCUGAAUGGAGGUAAGGGUGGAAUUACCCCGCGAAGAAAACUCACAAACUCAAACGAACACUCAAAAACAAAAACAAAGUUGCAUGGACGUAAGGGUGGAAUUACCCCGCGAAGAAAACUCACAAACUCAAACGAACACUCAAAAACAAACACAAAGUUGCAUGGACGUAAGGGUGGAAUUACCCCGCGAAGAAAACUCACAAACCCAAACGAACACUCAAAAACACAAUAAAAGCAACAUGCACGUGGUGGUAGAAAUACCCCUCGAAGAGAACUCACGAACUCAGACAAGCAUUGAGAAAUACAAUAAAAGCAACAUGGACGUGAGGGUUGAACUGCCCCUCGAUGAUAACUCACAGUGUGAAGUGUUCCUUCAGACACACGAUAACAACACACACGGAACGAUGGAAGGCACAAUGUCGCGUUUAUCAACGCCCUGCCAACGCCUACGCAAGGCUAUUAUGCGCUGCCAGUACAAGUGUGUGGCCGGCCUGCUGCUGCUCCUGCUGCUGGUUGGCCACGUGGCCACCCUGGCCUACGCCUACCAUCAGCAGGGCCAGAGUGACCUCCUGCGGGGCAUUGCCGCGCUGUGCUCCGUGCUCGUCCUCCUCCUGACGCACGGACAUGAUUCCCUGUGUAGGGCGUGGCUCGCCGUUCACGUCACCUACAGUGACGACCUCGCGCGAGGCGCCCUCCGCGUGCUUAACAACCUGCAGGCACAGCCCCUGCUGCACGGACUGGGCCUGGAACCCCCAGACGCCCUGGACACCCUCGCCUACUGGUGGUGGGUCUUGCAAGGGCUGCUGCUCGCUACCCUGGCGAGCUUCAUCUCGGGACCCAGCGCCCCUGACGAUGAGAACCUUGACGAUGACAACCCUGGCGAUGACAAAUCUGAUGAUGACAACCCUGACGAUGACCCUGGUCUUGAUUUUGACCCUGUGUUUGAAGAGGAUGACUUUGAAGAAGUGGAACUGUUGGAGGUGGUGGUAGUGGUGGAGGCAGUGGAUUGGCAGUUCAGGGUGGGGGCUCUAGUCCCUCCUCCUGACCCGCCCGUCCACCACCCUCGGGGUGAGGAGGAGGGUGAAGACGAGGAUGAGUUUGAGGACGUGGAUCGGAGGGAGGAGAUGGAGGCGGUGGAGGAGGGGCAGUUCGGGGUGGGGGCCCUUGCCGCCCCUCCCGAGCCGCCUGCCGAGGAGAUUGAAGAAGAGGAUGGCUUUGAGGAGGUGGACCGGGUGGAGAUGGACCGGGAAGAGGUGGUGGAGGUGGUGGAGGUGGUGGUGGGGCAGUUCGGGGUGGGCGUUGUUGCCGCCCCUCCGGACCCGCCCGCCCGCCACCCUGGGCCUGUUGAGUAAGGAGGAUGAAUGCGAGGAUGACUUUGACGAGCUGAGCGAGAGGGACGUGGCAGCGAUGGAGUAAGGCCACUGCAGAAUGUAUAUAAAAAACA